CGUCUUUGAGCUGUUUUGACAUAUGUGCUCCAUCUCUGCUCCUCUGCCUCUUUUCUUUCUGUCUUGCCAUCAGUCCCAUACCUCUCUCCAUACCUCUCUUCCCCCCCUCCCUCCCCACCGCCUCCAGGACAGGAAAAGGAGCGGUAGCGGGGCGCACCAGCGAAGAAGACUGACCACAAUAACAGGAAGAGGAAGUGGGCAGUGACCUGUGUGAGGGAGGACUGUGGUCGGAUAGCUGCGGUUCAACACUUUCUGGCCGCUGGAUGAGGAAAAACCACAUCAGAGGCGGCGGAGGGGAAAAAAGAGCAAGAGAGACUUGAAACCUGUUGGACUCCUGAGGAAAAACCUUCCCAACCUGAGGAGGGAAAACAGGGUGAUAAAGACUUUUUUACAAUAAAUAAUUCAGAGGUGGAAGAACUGGCGUUAUUACCUUUUGGGGAAAAAGAAAAUCGUCCGACUCGAACAGAGUGAAAUCUCAGUGAUUGCCUGCUGAGUGAACUCUGGUUAUUUUUUUGUUCCUCUGUAGGUUUUUUUUUUUUUUCUUUGAAAUCCAAUUCUGGGAUACAGACUUAUCUUAUUAUCUGCUCCACAGUUGAGAAAAGGAAUUGUAGAGAAACCUGGUGAGCCACGAGAGAAAUCUCUGCCCGUACACCUGCUGCUCUCCUCCAACGUCAGGAAAAGAAAAGCAGCAGACAAAAAGAAGCCGGAGCGCUGAGGAGACAGUUGAAUCAGGAGGUGGUUUUACUCCCCGUUGAGCACACGACCACCUACCAGCCACAAAUUUCUACCACAGCCUGCCACAUUAAUAACGCAUAACCCCACAGUGAGUGAGCAGGAGAGCACCAAGGAUUUAGGCUUCGUUUUGGACCAAAACAAAGAUCUGAAUAUUUCUACUUGGCUUGGACUUUCUAUCUGUGUGAUGAUGGCUCUGCUCCAGCUGUUGACUAUGGGGCUCAUGGCCACCGCAGCCUUGUGCGUUUUACCUGCUGCUGCUGAGGAUUCGGGCCUUCCUGUGCUGGAAGCAGAGAAACUAGGCCCUGUUGACAUUGUGAAGAAGGAGUCUCAUCCUGUCCUGAUCAGGCAGAAGAGACAUUGGAUCUGGAACUCUCUCUACGUUGAGGAAGAGAAACCGGCGCCCAUGCCCUACAAGAUAGGACAGUUGAAGUCGAGCCAGUCACUCGAGGUGAAGAGUUUCGAAAUCGAAGGUGAAGGAGCAAACUCCAUCUUCAGGGUGGAUGAGAAGGGAGACCUGUUUGUCACCAGAGCUCUGGACAGAGAGGAGAAGAACGCGUACCAUCUGACCGCCAGGAUGUACGAUGGGAACAAGAAGCUGAUCGAGGAUUCUGGAGACUUUGUCGUCCAGGUGACGGAUAUCAAUGACAACACGCCUGUUUUCCCCAGAGUGUAUAAUGGAUCUAUAAUGGAGAGGUCAACGAUAGGAACAAAGGUAAUUCAGGUGAUGGCAACCGAUGCUGAUGACCCCACCACUGCUAACGGAGAGCUCAGGUACUCUUUGAUCCAAGACUUCUCUGCCUUCCAAAUCGACAGCUUGUCAGGUGUGAUCAGCUGCAAGAUAAGAAAUCUGGACCGUGAGACCAAGAGUCAGUAUGUGGUGGUGGUCAAAGCUCAGGACAUGAGAGGAAUGGCUUCUGGCAGCACAGCCACCACCUCUGUCACCAUCACCAUCACUGACACCAACGACAACAUUGCUUCUUUCACUCGGAGGAUGUACGAGAUGCACGUUCCUGAGGACCACAGUGUGACUGAGAAGAUCGGCACUCUGGAGUUGGAGGACAGAGAUCAGAUUCAGAACAAAGAACCCCUCUUCACAGUCCCAAAUGACAUUGCCCAAAUUUUUGCUAUUGAACGCAGCCCUAACAAGGACGGCAACCUCAUGCUCAAAAAGGCUCUAGACUACGAGACGAAGAGCACCUACACUUUCACCAUCCAGGUGCGAGAAGACUUACGAAACCUGCACUUUCCUGCUGACAACACAAACAGUGCUGUCACCAAUGCCCAGGUAGUCAUCAAGGUGUUGGAUGUGGACGAGCCACCGGUCUUCUCCCAGGAAAUCUACACUUUCACUGUGGAAGAGGAAAGCACUGUGAGCAACAUCGGACGAGUCACAGCCAAAGAUCCCGACGCAGCCAACAAGCAGAUACGGUACUCCAUCUUAGACAAGGACUGUCCCAUCGCCAUCCACCCGUUCUCAGGCCAGCUGUCCACCCUGAGGAUGCUGGACCGAGAGCUGGAGGCCACACACGUGUUUCAAGUUAGAGCUCAGGAGGAGCCAAGUGGUUUAGAGUCCUUUGUGAAGGUUAACGUUACAGUUCAGGACAUCAAUGAUAACAAGCCUGAACUGGCUGUGGAUGAGAUCUUCCUCUGUGAGAACGACGUCACUGAUACAGUGAUAGGAACACUGAGAGCCACGGAUAAAGACGACCAGCCCGCCACCUUUCGUUUCAGCCUGGCCAGCGAGAGCUCCAACUUCUCCAUCAGAGACCAUGGCGACAGCACAGCCGACGUCAUUGUGAAAAUGGGGCCGUUCAGCCUGGAUGACCCCAAGGACUACAGCGUGGACGUCCGCAUCGAUGACGGAGGACGACCCGUCCAGACCAGCAUCACCAAACUGGCAAUCAAGUCGUGUCGGUGUGAUGCCAGGCGGAUUCCUACGCAGUGCAAAGCCGGAGCUCGGAGGAUGGGAGUGAGUGUUCACGCCCUGAUAGCGAUCCUGCUCUGCAUACUGACCAUACUGGUCAUAGUGAUCCUGUUUGUGAUGAGGAAACGCUACCAGAAGGAUUCUCUGGCCAAUAUGAAGAACAGCGGGGAGAUUCACGAGCAGCUGGUCACAUACGAUGAGGAGGGAGGAGGAGAGAUGGACACUAAUGGCUAUGAUGUCUCAAUCCUCUCCUCCGCUUGCCACGAUGGCUCCCUCCUCCGUCACCCGGACCACCACCCUCACCCCUCGCUCUACGCCAUGGUCCAGAAACCUCCUCACCACUCCCAACCCACCGCGUGCAAGGGCGACAUGGCCGUGAUGAUCGAGAUGAAGAAAGACGAGGCGGAUCAUGACAGAGACGGCUUCCCUUACGACACGCUCCACAUCUACGGCUACGAGGGACCCGAGUCUUUAGCCGGAAGUCUCAGCUCUCUGGAGAGUUCCUCCACCGGCUCGAACUUGGAUUACGACUUCCUCAGCGACUGGGGGCCGAGGUUCAGGACCCUGGCCGAGCUGUACGGCGUGGAUGGACCCGAGUACUACCAUCAAUACUGAUGGGAGAGCGUCUGUUAAUUAGCAUAUGUGAUGCCAAAAUAUACACACGCAUUGAAAACAGCCAUAAAAAUACGCUCACGCAAAGUGAGGUAGAUAUACACGUUCAUACUCACUUAUAGUACCAUGCUUUUCAAUUUGAUUCAGAACAAGAAGACAACUGAGUUCUCCAAAGACUUCUGAAAACAGAAUCAGGGCGCUCCACAGUGUAACAACAACACUUUUGUUAUCAAGUGUGUGUCAGUGAGCCCCGUUAGUUUGUCGAGCCUCCCCAGACUGCUCAGAAAGAUAAGAGCUGCAUCAAACUCCAGGAAGCUCCAUCGCUUUAUUUUUGAUGACGCGGCGCCCUUCGCCACCUCUGAUGACAUGCUGCGAGGUUUUCUAACGUAACGCCAGGAUAUCAUGGCGCAGGGGAGAAAGUGAGAACUCACUGCUUCACAGAUGGGAGAGAAGAUUGAUUGUUGGCGACAGCGUGAGAUUCACAGUUCAAGGAUGCAUUUUAUUCCCUCGCAGAUGUUUUGUAACCCUUUUUUUUUUUAUUAUUCUACCUGAGAAGAUCUGGAAGCCCAAUUAGAAGAGAUUCCACUUCAGGCUUUAGCUAAUCAGACUUUAUCGAGGAUAAUUGAUGUGGUAAUCAGUUCACUGCUGGCCAGCAAUGUUACUCAUUUAUUCUCCAUGUAUUCAGCUCACGACUCAGCUCCUUCACGCAGCACCGUUUUGCAUCCCAUCUCAACCACCAGAAUAAAUGCUGGCAAUGUUCGUUUCUGCAAACAACAAACAUGCUGAAGCUUAACAUUUCUUUAUGUUGCAUUUUCAAUUUCAUGUUGUGACAGCGCCGUACGUAUGGCAUGCCUAGGUUCAGGCAUGAAAAUGACUUUGUUAAGGUUAAGAAAAGAUUAUAUUUUGGCUUUAAAAACCUGCUUUGGUCAUGACAAACAUGGCUGGAGAUCAAAUUCCUGUCAAUGAUAUAAAAUAAAUAUCCAGUGAUAUCACACUUACUAAUGUUGAAAUGCAGGCUUGAACUGCGGUCAAUGGCUUGGCAGCCUUCUCGCCUAUAUUCCUUUGAAAGUCAGGUCAUAAACAUGUUGAAUGUGAUAUUACAUGUGAAUAUUGCAUAUGGCACGUUUACACAUCGAAACGUACAGAGUGGUUUUGCAGAAACUGUCAGUAUUUUAUCUGGCGGUCAGACGUGCAUUCCCUGUUUCCCACCAGUGACUGUAACGGAGGCUUUAUAUCCUGUCUCUUUUUUCACAACUAAACAUGGAAGCAGGGCCUAUAUUUACCUAUAUUUAUGUUUUUUCAAUAACAUGGAAGUUUUUGUUUCAGUGUUCUGGGGAUGCAAAAUGGUGCAAGUCAAAGCAGUUAAUUUGUGAUUUUGAGAUUUUUGCCAUAUUUUUAGCCUCACUGUUGUUUUUGGCGUUGACGGCCUGUAAACUCUCUUUAAUCUUUGAUGUGUUUUAUUUUUUUUUAUAUUUGACAAAAGGGCCAGGAGAACAAGCCGAUCUCAUAUUUGAUCUGACGUUGAUUUGUAAAUAUGAGCCCUUUGAGUUUAAACUCAAAGAGGUUUGAACUUGUUUGAUCACAGCGGGGUGCCAUGUUUUUAUUGAUCUGAAAUACUAAAAAAAUGGAUUUAAGAAAAGUUAAACUGAUGGAAAACCGGUAGCUGUUCAUCAGUCUGUGAUGUCCAGUAGGUUAUUUUGUUACGCGCCCACUUCUCGUUGAGUUUAGUCACAGAUUUACUCACAUUAUGCUGAUGAUAUUUAGCAUUGUUUUAUUGUUUCCUUUUCUGUUCUUCUGAAACUGACCAUCCAAAAUUAGCAAGGAGUCAUUUUCUAAGUAAGUCAUUUUGUCCAGUUUCCCAGUUAUCUUCUGCUCCGAGGAGACAAAAAGACAACAGACAGACAGACGGAGAGGAAAUGGAGCUACUGCUGCUCGGACGGCGUUAACGGUGUGUUCCCAGGGUUUUAUUUGACAGAAGCCAUCAUCACAGUUAUUGUUGCGAUGAAAGCCCAAUUCUCAGAGGUCCGCUAGAACAAAAGUCAUUCAGACAACUCAGGAAACGCCGAGUGGCACGAGCAGCUAGUUGGGCAGUUGUGAUGACUCUGAGGUGGCACGAAUAACUUUAACCUCUCAUCCCUUUUGGCAACAGUCAGAGCAGAAAGUCUCCGAUCCUAAAGUCUGACGAUCUUUAGAUGAUUUUUAAGCAUAUUUACAGAAACAUGAAUGUGCUGUGCAUUCAUUCUAAACAAAGCUUGAAUCCUUCAUGUUACAAUGAAGAAACUAAAGUCUUAUUAACUUGUUUUUUGUCCCAAAAUAUGGAUACACAUUACUUGUAUCUCUGCAAGGAUUUGCAGUUAAUCACAAAAGAAACCCCCACACUCCACGUUGAUCCAUUCUCGUCCUCACUCUGCAUGGUUUUUUUUGUCGAUUAGGGCUGCGACUAAUAAUUACCGUCAUCGCUCAUUCAUUUGACUUCAUUGUCUUCAACAUUUGAUUCAUUGUUUUCACUAUGAAAUGUCAAAAAAUGUGAAAAGCCCCGUGACAAUCCCCAGAGUUGAGGCCACAGAGCCUCAGAUGCUGCUUUGUUGGUGUGACCAAAAAUGCCCAAAAAACCCCCAAAGAUGUUUAAUUAAUAAUGAUAUGAAGCAGCCAAACUGUCAGUGUUGCUUGAGAGGUGACCCAACGCAAAAUCAAUCAAUCAAAAACAGUUUCUAGUUGAGUUUUUGCUGCUCUAUUGUGAGUUACCCUGCACGUUGUGUGAUUUAUCACUUCGGUAUAUCUUUUAAUAACGUUGAGGAUUGUCAGACUGCCGGCUAUUCGUCCGAUAAGCGUAAAUCAGUGACUCGGUUGCAUUUAAACAAUACCUGCUGACAUGUUGGUGUAUUGUAUGAAUGAAGGUUAUGGAAAUAAAUCAUUGCUCCUGCAGUUAGGAAGUGAUUCACAGAGGUCUUAGAAACAUAAAGGUAAAAGGUCGCUCUUUGUCCGCGGUGACAACUUAUAAAUCAGUUUGCUUAAAUGUAAAGUGGCGCCCGUUCCCCCAAAUAGAAAAAUCUAACAAUGAAGUAUUUAAACUGGGAGUUGAACACGCGACCACGUGUGUGUGCACGGCGGUCGCUCUGCUUCUUUAAUGUCAUUUUUUUUUUUUUUUUUUGUGUUGACAGUAUCGUUUAUUUACUCUCCUGUUUAUUCUGUUUUGUUUGGACCUGAACUUGUUUCUUUAAAAUGUCCUGUGUGGAAUGCCGUUUGAUAAACGGUGGAUACAAUAGCUGGAAGCCCUCUCAAUGCUUUCCUGUCGGGUUCACAUAUAUACUUAGAAGCAGCCUCUGAAGCCUUUUCUCUCCGUUCUCUCUUCUGCCUCUCCUUGUUUGCCUCACCGUAUCUCUACCACGCCGCCUCGCUCGCUCUCCGUCCUCUAAUCAGCUAAACCAAACAGUGGAGUCCACUUCCUGUCCAUCUGGGGCGUUGUGCCCGCCCCUUCCUGUCCUGUGUUAUCUCUCUCGUGAGCCAACACAUUGUGCUCACUUCCUGUUAGCCCGGCCUGGGAAACAAUCUUGGAGAGGAAAAGGGAAUGCGAUGAGGAGAAAACAUGGGAUGAGGCUUUGCUUUAACUAGCAGAGAAAGAUGAAGAGAACAAUGUGGAGCAGUGAUGAGUUUUCCAGCUGAGCAGAAACACUUCAGAGCAAAGAUUGUGUGUGAUGAAACGCCGAGACAUGCAAAGGUUGUUCACAUCCUGUUGCCCGGGCAUCUUUUAGAGCGCAACAUUCAGAAUUCUGUAAGAAAUACCCACAAUUUAAUCUUUUAAUUUACAGGAGCAGACGUGAGUGGCAAAUGAAAAAUGUAUAUUUAAAGAUGUCAAGGACUUUUAGCCUCUUACGAUCAUCAUUUUUUGAAUUUUUUAAAAGUUUGCACUGGUAACAACAUUCAUAUCACAAGCAGAAAUAGAGAACAGAGUUCUGGAAAACCUUGGUGAGGAUUGUGACAGCUUUUAUUAGUAAAAAGAAAAAAAAAUCCAAGCAUAACUGGUUUUAUAAGCCAUUUCUAACCUUCAUUGAACAAAACAGCUUCUUUUAUGUCUGCCAUCUUUGUUUGGAGUAAAAGAAGAAAAAAAAAACCCACUUCACUUUACUUUACACUGGAGGAAAAAUGUCAUUUCAGACCUGUGCUUCUCAAGGAAUUUGUGUAUUAUCACCACUGUCAGUGAAUAUAAUGCUUUUAUUUUCUUUUUGGAGCAAAAUUGUGUCUUGUUGAAAUCAGCAUCCUGUAGCAGAAAGAGCUGCUCCAUUAUCCACACUACUUUUCUGAACAGCAAUAAGUGCUCUGCCUGUACUUUCUGGGCCAGGUGAGGUUGAUGGGGAACAUUUGCAAACAGUUUUAGCGAGUUCUGUUCCAAAAUUGGAUCUAAAAAAAAAACAUACAUGUAUACAUUUACACUCCUGAAAGAGUAUAAAUGGAAAUAAAUUCACAAUGGAACACUUUAAAAUGUGAAUUAUGGGGUUAGAUGCACAUGAUUUCUUAAAAAAAAAUAGUUUUUUUUGUGCUGGGAACUGAAUUGAUGAUGUCUGAUGAUUAUUUCAAGGUUUUUCGUCUUUUAUUUAUGGUGUUAUUUGCUUUCCUCCGCAGUGACUCACAACAGGUUGCAAAAACAUUACAAAAUUCAUGAGGAUUCCUGUAUUCUCUUUGGCAUUGUUGUGCGUCUGUGCAAAAAAAAAAAAAAAAAAAAUCAGCGAUGUAACAGUGAUGCAAUUUUGUCAAGUGCCAGUUUUUAAUUUUUAUUCUGUUGGCCACCGAUGUUUUGUUUUUUUUGUUUUUUUUAAGCAUUUCAUGUCCUCUGUCGAACGUUGGAUCCAGACGGUGACUAUCAAAUCUCUCAGGUUGGGAUCCAGGCACACACACACACACACACACACAGAAAAAAAAAACAGAAGUUGUUCACCUUCAUGUCAAGAAACAAGAAACAAACCCCCCCAUAUGUGUCAGUGUUGUCGCUGCACAAGCCAGACCUUUAAAGGAUUUAGCUGUCGUUCAUCUGUGUAUCGCGUUGUCAUGUUGAGGGGUUACUUUGAGUGAAAUGUGUAUAGAAAAAAAAAAAAAUGUGCCUAAUAGUGACUUCACCUUGUUUAUAUUUCGCCUCAGUUACUGUAUCUAGAAGAUGUUAAACUUGACACAAUCUCUUUUUAUUGCUGUAAAAAAAGUAACAAAAGUUUCAUUUUCUACGAAACGAAAGAUGACAAACGAGCGACUGCCGGAGUGAACGUGUGAUUUCUUUUUGCUGGUGUUCAUGUUUGUGUUUGUGUGUGUGUGAAAGAGAGAGCGAGUGUGUGUGAUUGUGAUUGUACCCAUGUACAUACACACGAAUAAAAUUUUUUUUUUAAAAAUAGCAACCGCAUAGUACAAAUACUUCUUGUGUAAAUACAGUGAGGGUUGUCACGGGAGCAACAUGUGCCUUUAUUCUUUAAGAAAAAAAAAAAAAAAUACUGUAAUUCAUUUUUUUGAUGGCGAACACAAUGUUUUUCUAUAUUGUUUUUAAGGUGUAUAGCAACUACUUUUUAUUACCUGACAUUUUUGUAAGUGUAGAAUAAAAAUAAAAGAUUCAAAGAU